CUUGUUGCCUUGAGAUUUCACCCUUUCUAUCUCCUUCCUCUUUUUGCUUACUCAUCAGUGAGAAGUGGCUGAAGGAGGAAGUGCAAAAGUGGGGAAAGCAGAAGGGUUGGAUGAUACAGGAGCUGAGUCGGAGUUGACUAGCUUCACCAAGCGGGACUUGUGAGAAGAGAGGAAUGCACCUGCUACUGCUCUUCCUCCCCUUCUUCCGAGUUGCAGGUUCAUAUGAAAUCACAGGUCCAAACGCUGUCAGAGGCUUGGUUGGGGGCUCAUUGACUGUGGAGUGUUGCUAUGCAUCAACUUGGAAGACCUACAGUAAGUGGUGGUGUCGAGGAUCUAUUUGGCGAAGGUGCAAUAUCCUUGUUCAAACAACAGGAUCAGAGCAGAAGGUAAAGAAAAACAAGGUGUCAAUUAGAGACAAUCAGAAAAACUUCACCUUCUCUGUGACCAUGGAGGAGCUCACGGAAACUGAUACAGACAUCUACUGGUGUGGGAUUGAGAAAUCUGGAACUGACCUUGGGGUUGAAGUUAAAGUGACCAUUGACCCAGCACCAACUACAGUAUCAACCACCACCACCACCACCACCACCUCAAAAGCCAACAUGUCCACAGCGCCAGCGGAGACCAAAGACCCCCCGACUGUGACCAGCUCCCACUCCAAUGACAGGGAUAAUGCCAUGACGCUCAGCGUCCUGAUUCCCACCAUCUUGGCUGUGUUGCUGCUUCUCCUGGUGGCAGCCUCACUCUUGACUUUGAGAAUCAUGAAGCAGCAGAAGAAAGCUGCUGAGAUGUCCCCAGAGCAGGUGCUCCAGCCCCAGGAGGGGGACCUCUGCUAUGCAAACCUGACCCUGCAGCCAACCCAAAUCUCCCGCAACUCUUCCAAGAAGAAGGCCUGUGCAAAGCCCUCCCUCUCUGUCCUGGAUGAUCAGCUGGAAGUGGAAUACGUCACCAUGGCCCCUCUUUCGAAGGAGGACAUUUCCUACGCAGCUCUGUCUUGGGAGCUCUCGAAUCAGGAGCCAACCUACUGCAACAUGGGUCGCCCCGAUACCCACGUUCCCAGCAGGAGCCAGCAAGAGCAUAUGGAAUACAGCACCAUUAAGAGACCUUAGUCUGAGCUCCGGGCCCCCUUCUCUAACCCACACGAGGCCUGUGAGCAUAUUCCUGCUUUGUCUGUUUUCUGCCCCCAGUCACUUCAUGGGAGUCAACUGGUGACUGGAGCUUCGGCCUGGUCCAGCUAGCAUCACCCCCAGCCCCACCUGGGCUUGGGGCCUGGUCUCAGGGGGCUUUCGGCCUUCAGGAGGUAGAUGGGGGUCUCUCUCCAUCCCUUUUUCUCCCAUACAGCUGGGAAGGGGGUUGGGGAUGUGCUCUGGAGCCGCCAAUAGAGUAAGAAUGAUAAUAACAAUAAUUGACCUUUAUUUAUUGCUUAUCAUGUGUGGUGGGCUGAAUAAUGGCCCCCAAAGUUAUCUGUGUCUCAAUCCCCAGAAUCUGUGAACACUGCAAAAGGAGCUCUGUGGAUGUAUGAAGCUGAGGAUUUUGAUAUGGGGAGAGUAUUCUGAAUUAUCCAGGUGGGCCCUAAAUAUAAUCAUAAGGGUCCAUGUGCAAGAGAGAGGCAAGAAGUUCACAAGAGGUGAAGGCGGCCGAUGACAGGGUCAGAGGCUGGAGUGAUGUGGCUAGGAAAGGCAAGCAAUGGGCUGUCUCCUGGAGCCCCUAGGAACCACCCUGGCUGACACCCCGACUUUAGUCCAGUGAAAUGGAUUUUGUCCUUCUGACCUCCAGAACUGUAGGAGAAUAAAUCGAUGUAUUAAUGAA